AUGCUUUGUGAAUCUUCUAUAAGUCCUUUGCUGACAACUUUGUUUAAACCAGAAGCUUCCUCCGUUCUUGUUCUCGCGAUUCAUGCCUCGAUAACGGCUACCAAGGCGGUUAUAUCUACCGUCAACAGAGUAGCGGGCGCGGAUUGUCAGGAGCUGUACGAUACGGCUGUCUCGGAUUUGGAGGACGCGGUUAACUCCGUCAAGGAAGGUGACGUUGCUUCUGUUAACAGUAAAUUUUGCGCAGCGAUGACGGAUUAUGGAGUAAUGACGGUUUUGAGGAGGCUGGGGAGGUUUGACUAA